AUGCAAAGAGGCGGUGGAGAUGCAAAAGGUAUAUGGAGAGAAGAAAAACGAAGUGGAGCGAGGUGGACGAGGAGAAAGGAUAAGAAGAAGAAAAGGAAAAGAAGGUCAGGAGAGAAGAUGGAGAUGGAGAUGGAAGAACGAGCUGAAGAGGAGGAAGAAGAAAAAGCCGAUCAGCGUUUCACAGUGCUAAGCGGGAAUAUAUAUGGGCGGGCUGGCGGGAGGCAAACACAGCUCCGUCUCUAUGUAUGGAUCUGGAUAAGUGGUGGAUUUUCGUGCCGAACGUUACCAGAACUGUACCUCCAAAUUAAACCCGAGAUUAAAAAUGAACGAAAAGAAAAGAAAAGAGAAAAACCAUCAGCACUGCGGCGGGCGCACAGACAGGUAUCUGAGUGCAUACAAAGAGAGACGAAAAUGUGA